AAAUCAGCUGUUCUUUACUUUUUUCUUUUCAUUCAGGAUUUUACUGAGAAGAAAAUACAGAGAGAGAGAGAAUAGAGAAACAAGAAAAAGAAAGAAAGAGAGGGAAUUAAAGUAAAAAAAAGAAGAGAAAGAGAGGUUUGGGUAUGAGCAAUAAGCUAGCAUUGAGCUCAUUUCAUUAUUGAGAGUGGAGGUAAUGAUAAAAGACAAAAUCUUACUGGAUUAGAAGUGGAAAUAUUCACACCGGAACACGUGCUGAAGUGAAAGUAAACAAGCUGCUGCUGUUAAUCGUGCUCAAGCUUCACGGAGUAAAUGUUAUAACUGAUCAAAUGACGUUAACGUCAGGUUUCUAUUACAGCUACGAAGUUUUGCCUCAAAACGUCAUUCAGUCUCUGUAAGUUUGUAAUAUUUAACAUUAGCUAGAGUUGGACUCCUAGCUACUGAUUUACGUUAGCUACUGGAGUCAGCGCUAGUCUAACCUGGCGUUAGCGAAGGUAACAGGCUAACAGCAUAGCUACAACGCUAACUACACGGUGUAGCGUGAGAAGGUCAGAGCAGGUGAUGAAUCCACACAAGUCUUGAUAGUUAUUAUCUGAAAAUGAUGAUGCGCAUGAUGAGACUUUCGGGAUUUGGAACAAGUACGUCGAAGGUCUAACUAAAAAUGUACGGAGUAAAAAGUAUGUUUUUUUACUGGAAAUGUAACUGUGUAAAAGUUCAAGAAUUCAGUUUCAGCGACACUCAAGUAAAGUAUAAAUACUCCACAAUAGUACUUAAGCACCGUUACUCAGGUAUUCCUACAUCACAUCUGCAGCGUGUUUUCAUUGGGUGAAGAUGAUUUAAAAAAUAUAAACAUGUUUUAUUUAUUAAAAAAUAAAAAUUAUAAGGAAGAGCCACUUAGCACUAUCGCAAAUCACAGUUUUCUGAAGUAUCUUUGAAAUUAUUACAGGACUUAAAAAUGUGUAAACAUCACAAAACUUUUUCAUAGCGAUAUUUUUGUCUCGUGUCAGAAAAAGGACCAAUGAAUAAGAGGCAUUCGCAGUAGAAUACGUUAUUAUCAACAUAAGAAAAUGAUCAGCACGAAAGCGAAUGCUAAUGAAAGGUGUAGGAAGCGAGCGCCAUGUUCUCGCCGUAUAAGAACCAGCGCUACGACGUCCUGAAGAAGGAAUGUCAGGAGAAUAAGAAGCUGUUUGAGGAUUCCGAGUUUCCCUGCAAUAACACGUCGCUGUUCUACAGAAACCCUCUUCCCGGGAGAGUCGAGUGGAAACGGCCGGGGGAGAUAACCGAGAACCCUCAUCUUUUCGUGGAAGGCAUCAGUUCUCAUGACCUGAAUCAGGGUGAUGUGGGAAACUGCUGGUUCGUGGCAGCUUGUUCCUGUUUGGCUCUUAAACCAGAUCUAUGGCAGAAGGUGAUUCCUGACUGGAAAGAGCAGGAAUGGGAUCCUAAACAUCCAGACCGCUAUGCAGGAAUCUUCCGUUUCCAUUUCUGGAUUUUUGGAGAGUGGACAGAAGUGGUUGUGGAUGAUCGUUUGCCCACCAUCAAUGGGAAACUGAUUUACUGCCACUCCAAAUCCAGUAAUGAGUUCUGGAGCGCUCUGCUGGAGAAGGCGUAUGCCAAAUUGUCGGGCUGCUAUGAAUCGCUCAGUGGAGGGAACACAGGAGAUGCUGUGGUGGAUUUCAGCGGCGCUGUAAAUGAACCUAUUAGUCUGGAAACAGGAAACUACCGCACCGACCCCAAAGUGAAGGACAAACUGUUCUCAGACCUGCUCGAAGUGUGCGAACGAGGAGGCAUCAUCAGCUGCUCUAUAGCGGCAUCUCCUCAAGAGCUGGAAUUGCGUUUGCCAAACGGUCUGGUCAAAGGUCACGCAUACUCUGUGACAGCGGUGAAGAAGGUGCGGCUGGGACAUGGCCUGCUGGCCUUCUUUAAGAAUGAAACCAUCCCUCUGAUUCGCAUGAGGAACCCGUGGGGUAAACAUGAGUGGAAUGGAGCCUGGAGUGACAGCUCAGAGGAAUGGGAGAAAAUUGGGAAUAUGGAGAGGAAUAAUCUGGGUAUCACCGUGGCGGAUGAUGGAGAAUUCUGGAUGUCUUUCGAUGACUGGUGUCAGAACUUCACAGAAGCAGAUGUGUGUCGGUUGAUAAACACGAGUAUGCUGAGUGUCCAGAAGACGUGGACUGAGGUGGUGCAUUUUGGGAAUUGGACGAAACACUCAGAUCCGUUAAAGAACCGGUGUGGUGGCUGCAUGAACCAUAAGCAGACAUUCCUACAGAACCCACAGUUUGUGUUGGAUAUCUCUCAAGAGGAAGAAGAGCUGUUGGUGUCACUGCAGCAGAGAGAUAUGAAGAUCCACAAAGCUCAUGGUGCUGGUGAAAACCUCACCAUCGGAUUCGCCAUCUUUAAGGUGGAGCUGAACAGGAAGUACCGCAUGCAUGACAUCAUCACCCAGAAGAAUGUCGCCACGUCCACUUACAUCAACGCACGCUCCGUGUUCAUGAGGAAAGUUUUGCCUAAAGGUCGUUACGUCAUCAUCCCGUCCACCUUCAGACCCGACACCCUGGGAGAGUUCAUGCUCCGAGUUUACACUGAUCAAGACGCUGGGUGCAAGGAGCUGGAUCUGGAUAAACCCCAUGUGAGCUGCUGGAGUUCGUUUCGCGGUUACCCUCAGCUGGUUACUCAGAUUUACAUUCACGGAGCAGAUGGACUCGAAAAUCAAGACAGAAGUGGAGGUGCGGAUCCCUACGUCAUCAUAUCCUGUGAGAACAAAUCGGUCCAGUCCCUGGUUCAGAAAGACACGCGAAACCCGUUGUUCGACACCAGAGCCAUUUUUUACAGGAAGAAACCACGGAAACCGAUAACUAUCCAGGUCUGGAACAGUAAUGCUGUAAAGGACCAGUUUAUGGGUCAGGUGGUUCUCCCAGCGUCUCUGAAAGAUUCUGCAGACCCUCAGACGAUGAAGCUGAAACGAGGAGCAUCUGAAACGUCUGAGGAGAUGCCGGGGACCAUCAGCCUCCGAGUCGUGACGUCCAGAGAGCUCACGGCCAUGUAGCGCUAAUUUACACCCGCGCUCGGAGACACGGCGUGGCGUAGCGAACACACACUGCUAGAACAAACACAUUCUGGGAUUUUAAUCAGGUUUUGGAUGACUACCUGGUUUAUACCUCACGCCAUAUUCACUAUACCACCUCCAGACACCGCAGUGCAUUGUGGGUAUUCUGUAUCUGAAUGGGGCGUGGUUUCAGCUAUUUUAACACUCUGUUAUGAAGGCAAACUUUCCGAACCUCACUCUGAUUGGUCCUGGAUAAAGCCAGAACAUUUUUUUUAUAUAAAGUGUAAAUGUAAGUCAUAAUGUAGAGUUCACGGCUUUUACGCUCGACACCAACCAAACAAAACAUUCCUGCAUUUGUGUCUUUGUUGAAAUGAUUAUAAAUCUAAAUCUCUGAUUGUUUGUACAAUUUGGAAAUUAACGCUGUGGUUUAUUCCAAACAGCCGGGUCUUCUGACACCUUUUUUUUCUCCUAUGAUUCAAAAAUUAAUAAAUAACAUUCAUUUUGCUAUAAAGAUAACAAAAACACAAAGUCUAACAGAAGUAGAGCUUCAGCUUCAGUGCUUGGACCCCUACAAGCUGUUUUAUCCAGAAACUGGAUUAAUGAACUUACUGAAUACAGUGUUGCAGUGUUAAUUAAACGCUAAUCAUAUUAUAGUACAAAUGAUUAAUUACAUGCAGCAGAAAUGAUAAAUAUACAUUCCGUUGCUUUGUUUUUAUAAUAUUUUGUGCAAUAAGACUGCCACAAGACUGCAACAUAACUAGUAAUUAGUGAAACAAAAUUAAAAAAAAAGAAAUACAAAAAAUUCAUGACUAAUUAAUUCUAAAACAAAAAAAAUUAAUUUACUUAUAACACUUUACUUAAUCACUAUUUUAAAAAAAUUUGCUUAAAUUUACUAGACGUAAAUGUAGUUGAUCAUUUUUAAAAAAAUUUUAAUAACGUGUUUUUCUGUUUCACUAAUUACUUUUUUUUUUCAAUUUUGUGGCCGGUCUCUUCCACAUUUAGUA